CAUUCACAUAGAUCCUCUCACGUAUUCAACUGCCAUGACCCUAUAUCACACAUAGCCUUUCUAUCUUAGCCAGAGCUUCGCGUUGCAGCAUGUCAGCUACGCAGCCCUUGCGUCAAGACAGUGCGGCGUCCAACGACUCGGACACCUCUGUAGGGACCAUCAAGGCUGGAGAGGCGCACGAUGACAGCAGCGAGGCAACCGUCGAAGACGGAGAGGUCGACACUGCCAACGACGCAGCAUCACAGCGCCCAGAAGCGAGUAGUCUGGCUGCCUCAGAGGCAGAGGGACAGGAGGGCGAAGCUGCAGCGGUGAACUCCACCACGGACAAGCCGUCAGGGCCAGCAGAGCCCUCACAGACAGCGGCCGGAGAAUCGCCCACACGACCUUCGCAAUUUCGUGGGCAUCAGCAUCUUUCGUCAACGUCUACCCAGAGUCGCAAGAGAGUACGGUCGUCCACAGUACACACCAUUGAUGUACAGGAAGAGACGACCAGGGCGUCCAGGUUCACGCUGUGGGAGACACGAACGCGCUUCUACUUGAUUGCCUACAAUACCGCUCAGAGUCGUUUCAGAGUGUUGAAGAUUGAUCGAAGCCCGGGUGGGGGACAGCGAGGGUCUAAUAAGUCUCAGGAGUCGGCUGACGACUUGAGGGACAAGGACCAGCUGCACAAAGAAGCCAGACAAACCGCUACGCCCAGUUCGAACAAGAGCUCGAAUACUUCGUCAUCUCGCUUCAACACUUUUGCCUCGAGCUCGUCCGCUCCCGGCUUUUGGGAUCUGGGAGUCACUGCUGAUCAUGCCGUCUACGAUCGUCAUCAGAUCACUGAGCUGUUGGACAUGGUAUCGGAGGGUAAUCGCUCUACUGGAGGCCUAAAAGAAGUCGGUCACUUCUUUGGUCUGGUAGGGUUUAUUCGCUUCACUUCGACCUACUAUAUGGUCCUGAUAUCCAGGAGAUCGGUUGUGGCGCUGAUGGGAGGUCACUACAUCUAUCACUGUGAUGAGACCAAAAUUCUGCCCGUCUGUCAUCCUUCGACCCUGUCCUCGGUAUCCGGCCGCACAAAGGCGAUGGACCAGGAAGAAGCUCGACUGCUCCACACCUUCAAGCAAGUCGACCUCGGCAAGAACUUCUACUUUUCGUACACUUACGAUUUGACAAGGACACUCCAGGAGAAUCUUACCGGCAGAGGUCGCAGCCAAAUGGCCCACGAUCAAGGCCUUGCUCAGAAGGACGCUCAACAGACUGCGUGGGGAUUCUGCGAGAAGUUCAUCUGGAACCACCAUUUGCUGCUGCCUGCCUUCAAGUCGACAGUCAAUGCCAAAGUCAACAGCACCGAUAGCUCUGAGUCGACUGCCGAUGAGUGGAUCAUCCCCUUGUGCUACGGGUUUGUCGACCAGGCCAAGCUGUCCAUCAUGAACAGGACUAUCCAUGUCACCCUGAUCGCGCGGAGAUCGAGACACUUUGCUGGUGCGAGAUUCCUGAAGCGAGGCGUCAACGAAGCCGGGCAUGUUGCCAAUGACGUCGAGACGGAACAGAUCGUCAGCGAUGCUCUCACGACCGCCUUCUACGCUCCUGAGACAGGCCACAGUCAGGCUGGUGGUGAUGGUGAAGGACGAGAUGCAUCAUUUACACACUCUGCGAGGAGUACGCAUGGUACCACUGGCUCUAAGAGCCUUGCCCAGAAUCCUCGCUAUACCUCCUAUGUCAUGCAUCGAGGCUCUAUACCCAUCUACUGGACUCAAGACAGCACCAACAUGUCUCCUCGGCCGCCCAUUGAGAUCUCAGUGGUGGAUCCGUUUUACUCGGCAGCUGCUCUCCACUUCGAUGACAUGUUCGCUCGCUAUGGGUCGCCGAUCAUCAUUCUGAAUCUGAUCAAGAGCAAAGAGAAGACACCUCGGGAGACAAAGUUGCUCUCUGCUUUUGGAGAAUGUAUUGGCUACCUCAAUCAAUUCCUGCCAGAGGACAAGAAGAUGCCUUACAUAGCCUGGGAUAUGAGCCGCGCAAGCAAGAGCCAAGAUCAAGAUGUCAUAGGUGUAUUAGAAGACAUAGCAGAAGAGACCGUUGAGAGCACGCGUUUCUUUCACUCGGGUCCCGAGCCUACGCGGUUCUCAUUCCAUCUUCAGGGCAAAUGCAGAAAUAUCAAUGAUCGACCAACGCAAUCUGACAGCGGCACACGCCGCGACACAAUACUUCUCCAGACCGGCACUGUCCGCGUCAACUGCGUCGACUGCUUGGACCGUACCAAUGCAGCGCAAUUUGUCAUAGGCAAAGCUGCAUUCGGACAACAGCUCCAUGCUCUGGGUCUGCUGGAGCAUCCCUCAUUGCCAUUCGACUCAGAUGCUGUCGAUAUGUUGACGGAGAUGUACCAUGAUCUCGGAGAUACCAUUGCCCUUCAGUAUGGUGGAAGUCAUUUGGUCAACACCAUGGAGACAUAUCGCAAGAUCAACCAAUGGACGUCGCAUUCACGAGACAUGCUUGAGGGUCUGAAGCGAUACUACUCGAACUCCUUCGUCGAUGCCGACAAGCAAGCAGCCAUCAAUCUCUUCUUGGGUAUCGAUAAAGACGCGCCCAACUUUGUAGCUGACGGCGGGACCGGUGGGGUCGGUGCAUUAGUGUCAGCAAAGAGGACGAGCUAUCGUCGCUCCUAUCAGAAGUGGUUCACUCCGGCCUACCUCGAGGAGAUUCGUCCGACGCCAGAACGCUUGGCCCGACUGCAAGAGUUCAUCGAGCAAGAGCGAUCUUUCUUCUGGGCCGAGUACUACCGCCCGCGCCUAUUCACUGACCUCAUGAGACACCACGCUUUCAAGAUGACUGCUGUGCACCAGCGACAGCCUCAGGCAGUGACCUACGGUGGUCCCGGUGUAGUGACCUCACCGUCAAAGAGAGGCAGUCUUGACCGAGCUCGAAGGUCGAGUGUUAUAAGUACCUCUGGAGAGACAUCACAUGCUUCCUCCUACUCAUUUGGCAACAACAACUACCCGAGCAUGGCGUCCCUGUCUUCCAUUGCCGCCUCAUCGACGAUGCACGGCGACUCGGCAUUUACAUCAUCGAGUGUGUACUCAAGGCCGAGCACAGAAACACACUCGGCCAUGGUGGGUGACACGUCCAUUCUCGUGACCUCGCCUUUCAUCUCGCGGCUGCCGGGAGGGUCUUCUUCGGGCGGUAGAGCGGCUAAAACAGGGCACGCCCACCUGCGGAACUCUUCCAUCUCCUCCAUCUCGUCAGAUGCCACCGCUGUCUCUCACCCCAUGAGAGGCCAUUCGACGUCUGUAUCAACCGAGUCGACCAUGCUGCACGGCAAGGAGCGUGCUGGCUCCACUUCGACAGGGGCAGGUCCCCCUACGGAGGGCAAAGCUCUCAUCGGCGGAGUACGUAGGUGGAUGAGUCUGAAUCAAAGCGGUUCAGCUGGAGGAAAGAAGAACCGCCGUCUAUCGGGGCGGGGAAAGGACGGAGUGCAAGACGGAUCCACAGGCAAGACAGACCCAUCUAUCUCGGACAAGGGCUCUCUUGUCGACCCAAAGCCCUCACCCGCUUCUACAUCCAUCGGUGGUUGGACCAAUCCAUUUUCACUGCUGCAUGUGAAUCCUUCGCAUCCACAUCCGGCCUCUGUGCUGCUAGAGAAUUGGUACAAGCCUACAGUGGCAGACGAGGAGGCACGCGAAUACGAUCUCUGGCUGCGACAGUUCAAGGGUAAUGUCCAGCUCGAGUCGAACUUGGCCGAGUGGGAUGGCUUGCUCAACCAGGAGAUUGCCGCUGCCAGUGCGGGUAUUGCAGAUGAGCGGAGGAGAGAGACGGGUGCUACCGCUGGCUAUACUGCGCAAGGUGCUGGCGUAUCUGGACCUGGCUCAGCCAGUGCCACUUGGCACAGCUCUGAUCCCAACUUGAGCGAUGCAGACUUGCAAGUAUACAUCCAAAGUGUACGCAAAGCUCGUCUACCUGCACUUUCACCCUGCAUCACUCUAGACUCAACGACCACUAGCACAGCGGUGUCUGGCGCGCCGACAGGAGUGGCAGGUGGUGGGACUGUGCUCAGCCCUGCGGAUGAAGCGGUGUUGAAGGCUUAUGCUGCCUGGGAGACUACGGCUCGACAGAUGCAGGGCGCUCCAUUCAGGGGUGUGACGGAAGCCCGACUCAAGGCAUACCGGGGCUGGGCGACGAUUGGGGUUGGUGGAAAGUGAACCUUGGAGACGCAGGUGGAGGCUCACUCUAUUGUACAUUAGAUUUCAUUAGCUUACGACUUUCACGACCCCUAAAUCUACAUGCCUCUCUGUUCUGCU